AUGGUGAUCUUCCUCAGCCGCUCGGCUCGAGCAAGCAUGUCCCAAUGGGGCGCCAGAGUCUUCCAGCCCGGCCUCACCGGCACGCGACGCUCCUUCUCCUCGUACCUCGUCUCUCCCAAGGAACUCCACAAAGCUCUCAAGAAGAACCCGCCCAACAAGAUCAGCACCGAUAUGCGCGUCGUCCCGCUCUGCGCCGCCUGGUUCCUGCCCAACGACGGACGAAAGGGCCUCGACGUCUUCAUCGAGCAAAGAAUCCCCAAGGCCAAGUUCUUCGACCUCGACAAGGUCUCCGACCAGAGGAGCCCUUACCCCCAUAUGCUCCCUUCGGGCAAAAGCUUCGCCGCCACCAUGUGCGAAUUGGGAAUCCGAAAGGAUGAUACAGUGGUCGUCUACGAUACGAAGGAGCUGGGCAUCUUCAGCGCACCCCGCGUCGCCUGGACCCUCCGGCUCUUCGGGCACUCCAAGGUGCACGUCUUGAAUAACUUCAAACUCUGGGUUGAGCAGGGCCUCCCGACGGAGACUGGAGAGAUCUACGACGUUGAAUGCUGCACGUACCCGAUACCCGAGUUGGAUUCGGACAAGGUGGCCGACUUUGACCGCGUCCGCGAGGUCGCCCUGGACAAUAGCAAGGACGGUGCCGAGGGUGUCCAGGUUCUGGAUGCUCGGUCACCUGGCCGGUUUACGGGGAAGGACCCCGAGCCCCGCCCUGGCCUUUCAUCGGGCCACAUGCCCGGUGCGAUGAAUAUCCCCUUCAACGCCGUUCUCGACCCCGAGACCAAGGCGUUCUAUCCGUCGGACAAGCUCCGAAACAUCUUCAAGGAGAAGGGUGUCGACCCCGAGAGACCCGUCAUUUCGAGCUGUGGAACCGGAGUUUCGGCCUGCGUCCUCGAUACUGCGCUCGAGGUGGCGGAGUACGGUAAUCCCGAGAAGCGCCAGGUGUACGAUGGCAGCUGGACGGAAUGGGCUCAGCGAGUGUCUGAUUCCGAUUCAUUGAUUAGGAAGACUGAGUGA